AUGUCCGGCCCUAACAUUCUCGACCCGUCCUUCCCGCGGUACUUCCAGGAGGGCGUUGUUCCACCGGAAGAGCAACCUCGUUUCGUCACGGCGCUGAAGGAGAUGAUGGACUCGGCGCGCACAGCCUCGGUUGAGAAGCUCGCCGAAUUGCACUUGCCGGCUGCGCUGGAGAAGCCAAUUGACGCAGCUAAGGUCGAGGCGGAGAGGGCGCAGGUGCUUGAUACAUGCAACUGGCAGAUGGCCAACCUUCUCAGGUACUCGCAACCCACGCGCAUCUACGAAGCCGAGCCCUACCUCCGCGCCGUCAUCGACGGACAUAAAGGCCCCACUCCCGAAGACACGCCCGCCAUGCUACUCGCCGUCGCACUGCACAAGAAUGAAGGGCGCGAAGACGAGGCAUACAAGAUACUGAAAGACGCGAUGGAGCGCGGCGACGGCGGUGCAGGGCCGUACACGUUCUUAUGGGCCAAGGCCGCCAUCGCGCGGAUGUUGCGACGUGUGAAGCGGGAUGAUGAGGCGAAGGAGCUCGAGGAAGAGGUGAUUGACUGGAUCAAGUGGCAUCCGUACGGUAUGCCGCCAUCUAGAUUGCGGUCCCUGGUCACCGACGACGCGGAACCCGAUGACGCGCCAAACGCUAUACUCGACGAUCCGCGCGUCAAGGAGCAGCUGGGCAACGCGGUGGAGCUACCUAGUAUGGGUAUGUUCGGGCCUGCAGUGAUCCACUUCGGAUGA